AGAGUGCGAUGGCGGACUGGUAGACAUAGACCUGGGCUCUAAGCACGCCCCGGAGAUUGCGGUAAUGUCGCGAAGCGCUAGUGACGCGGAAGGGCGGCGCGGAAGGGCCGGAUGGCAUGGCGGGUCGGCAGGCGGCAAGAAUGGCGGCACGGCUCGAGACACGCUGCUGGAAGAGUCGUUCUUAAUUCCGAAUUCCGGCCACGUGCGCGCCGCGCUCAUGGUCGACGGGAUGGUGUGGCACAGAGUGGACGAAUCCGCGAGUCAGGCAUGCCCUGCAACCACUUCGUGCCACGACUGCGGCCUGGGACAACCGGAUGCCAGCUCAGCACCCAUCAGCGAAAUCUACGCCGUCGAAAUGCUUCCAGAGGCAUCCGUUAAGAGCAGCUUCUUCGCGAGUCCCAUUAAGAUGCAUCAAUUCGCGGUGCACACGUUCCGCCGUUCCGCCGACCGUUGGCUCCCGCUCAAGCUCGUCUUCUGCCACGUCAGCGCUGACGUGUGCCAGCAGUGGGCGGACCGCAUCCUCUCGCUGCUGCGCGCCGACCCGGAGCGCCCUAGGAGCCUCCUAGUGUUCGUGAACCCUAUUGGCGGGCGCAAGAAAGGAUUAAAGACAUGGGAGGCGGUGCGACCCGUUUUCGAUCGCGCGGGUGUCGCCGUGCAGGUGGUGGUAACCAGCCGUCGCAACCACGCUCGCGACAUGCUGCAGAACGCGUCGGACAAGGAGCUCUGCCAGCUGGACGGAAUCAUCGUCGUGGGCGGCGACGGGCUGUUCAACGAGGCGCUCAACGGCCUCGCGAGGCGCCGCCACCGCGCCUUCCCGUGCACUCCUGCCGGCUUUAAUACCCCUGCUGGGUUUCAUUCUACAGCUGGGUAUGGGUAUGACACUCCUAAAGGCUACUAUGCAACUCCUAAGGCCGGAGCGUACUAUGAGACUCCUAAGCCUGGCAGUGGCGGCUCGGAAGGGUAUUAUUUCCCUACUCCUAAGGAGGGGGGUGACCGGGCGAAGGGGUUUUAUGAAACGCCCAAGGCGCAGCAGGCUCGGUGCAGCUUCGGCCGAAGCAGCUUUGGUCCGGGAGUCAGGAACGCGACGUUUUUGAGUGACUGGGGGACGGUGCGGGAAGGGGAGGAGGAAGAGGAGGAGGAGGGGGGAGAAGGGGAGGAGAGGGGUGGAAUGGGGGAGUGGGGAAAGGGAGUGGAGGAGUGGGAGGAAGGAGGAGUGGGGGAGGAUGGUGGAGUGGAGUUGUGUCUGCCUAGGCGGCUGAGAAUUGGGAUUAUUCCCGCUGGAUCAACUGAUUGCAUUGCCAUGAGCCUCGUUGGUUCGCGUGACCCUGCCACCACACCAUCAAAAGGAGGAGUAGGGGAAGAGAGGAGAGGGAUGCAUGGAGCAACGGGAGGAGCAGCGGAAGGUUCCAGGAAGGAGGACGGGGAGCAACAGAUGGAGUGUGAUGUCCGAUACGCUGCAUCAUUCUUCGGGUACGGCUUCUAUGGUGCAGUGACCAAGGAGAGUGAGACGCUGAGGUGGAUGGGACCCGCGCGUUACGACUAUGCGGGGUUCAUGACCUACAUGCGCCACAGGUCGUACGAAGCUGAGGUAUCAUUCUUCCACAUACCCGAACCUGACCAGCCUUCCGUGCACAGAAGAAGCACUACGACCCGUCCAGAGAUCUGCACCGUUGGAUGCUCGGUGUGCGCCAACGGCCAGGAUCUCUCGCUGCUGGCGCGAUCAGCUCUGGGAUUCGAGGCCAUAGGCCCAUCGCAGUCAGCUGUGGGCCUGGCCUCCCUUCUCACCCCUCUCAACCGCACUCCUGGUGAUUCUGCUGCUGCUGAUUUAGCUCAUGCCGAAGCUGCUGCUGCUGAUGCUGCUGCUGCUGUUUCGCCCUCCUAUCAGCCUCCUCCCGCCGCUCCCGACGCUUCUGCUGCUACAGCCACAGAAGCCGACAAGCACAACCUCCCCUCGCCUCCUCCCCUAGAAACCGCUGGCGCUGACGUGGCAGCGCCGGAUUCGCCACAGCCGCCGAUGUGGGACGAGGCGACGCCAGGCUGGCGCACGGUGAGAGGCCGGUUUCACAGCGUGGGCGGCGCGGUGAUCUCGUGCCGCAAUGACAAGGCGCCAGAUGGCGUCGCGGCACACGCCCACCUGGCAGAUGGGAAUCUCAACCUCAUCAUGAUCCGCGAGUGCUCGCGCGCAGAGUACCUCCAGCAACUCCUGUGUCUGGCCAUCAAGGGCGCGGAUCCCCUCAACUUCCACUUCGUCCAGCACCACAAGACCCCAGCGUUCACGUUCAAGGCCAUGGGGGAACAAGGCUUUUGGAAUGUGGACGGCGAACUGGUGGAGGCAAGUGAGCUGUCAGCCCAGGUGUUCCGUGGGAUGGUGGAUAUGUUUGGCAGCGGCCCGGAUGUGUGA